AUGGCCAAUUCGUCUGAUAACCAUUCAAGUUCAAUGGUAGAACUAAAUUCAAAAUUUAGAACUUUCGACAUGUAUGAUAAUCCAGAUGAAGUGAAAGUUUUUCAAUGUGAGCAGUCCGAUGAAACAUCGUCAAUAAAUUCAGAAUUGAAUGCAGUGACCAUGAGAUCGUUCCAGUAUGGGAAUCAGGACCAAAAUGUUGGUCUAAAUAUUAAACAACAUUUAAACAAACUUCAUCAAUUAGCCGAAGAUAGAAACUUACAAAACUCAAAUUUAUCGGAGAAAAAAGUUGUAAAAUCUCAAAAUGAAGAAUUGGAUCCUAAAGGAUUUGGAUUAGGACAUCAUAGUCGAUUACAAAGUGUGGAUAAUCAUGACGAAGAAGAAUAUGAUGAAGCCAAAGGAGAAGAGUUAUUACAGGAAAUUUUAGACUCAGUAUUAAAACCAAAAAGUAAACAAAAAGUACAAUUUAUGGAACAUAUGAAAUAUAAACCAGGAAUGAGCAAAAAUUUUGAUAAUAAUUUUAUUCAUAAUCUUACUUAG